AUGCUCCGCAUUACAAAUAAGUGACGAUAAAUCUUGCAUGCAUAUGACGUAAGAAUCGUGAUAACGGGUCACCCUGAUAAAAUGUUUUCUAUCCAAUCAUUAAAUCAAAAAUUCAAGUCACCAUAGAGAAAAAAUAAAGAAUUAUUAUUGUUCCCUCGAAUUAAUGAGCUAUCUCUAUAACGAAUAAACUUCGAAAAUCAUGGAGACUUUGACAAGUAUGAUUUUACUUUUCCUGUAAAGAAAUAAAUUAGCAGUCAAAUUUGACACCAACAACUAUUGACAUGGAAAUUUUUGCCAAUUAAUUUGAAUCAAACGAAUGAAAGAAAAAUAAGGGAAAUAAUUGUCUUUUGCUGGUUAUGUGAAUAACUAAGGCACGAUGAGGCUGUUGUCUGUUAGGUCCGGAGCUGCACUUGUAAUCAGAUUAGAACAUGUUACAGUUAUUUUUCUCUACAAUCAGAUUAGAACAUGUUACGCGUAUACAUAUAAAAAAUAUUUCCAACUACUUUAAUCGUAUUACGGAUGACAAAUUAAAAUUUUAUUCCAUCGGAAAGGGACAUCAGUUUGGUUUCUGACAAAUCAACACUGCUAAAAGAUAUGAUAAUUUUACUAAAGACCGUAAACGUAUAUAGUUUCUGUGGAAAUUUGAAAUAAUCAAACAAGUUUUAAGUCAGCUUUUACAUGCGAAUUCAAAUACUAUUAAACAUACGUUUAGUCAACACAUGAAUAAAAUUCAUUUUAUUAGAGCUGUAUUAAGUUUGAAGUUAUACACCCCAAGUCAAAGAAAAAAAAAAGUUUGAAGUUAUACACCAUCUGAAAAUAACAUAAGUGUAUCUAAAGUAAUGAAGAUAGAAAAUAUUAUAUCUACAUAAAGUUGUGAAUGAAAUCAAACUUACUAGAUUUGAGCAUGGCGCAGUUGUUCUUGUGCACUUCAAUCCUCUGUUAUCUGCUUCAUUCCAUCUCUUUUCUGAGUUUAACAGUUGGAGCAGUUGACUAUUGCAGUCUUUUACCAAAUCAAACACUUGUUCUUGGGCAGACUCUCAUUUCUCAAAACCAAAUUUUUGAAAUGGGUUUCUUCUCGCCUGGAAAAUUUUCAAACAGAUUCUUGGGAAUAUGGUACAAGAGCACACCAGAAGUUGUAGUCUGGGUUGCAAACAGAAACCAUCCCAUCACUGCCUCACAACCACCAGUUUUCAUGAUUUCCAGAAAUGGAAGUCUUGUGAUUAGCAGUGGCAAAAGCAUUAUAUGGCUGGCGAAUUCAUCAGUGGUGGCAACAAAUCCUGUUUUGCAGCUCCUGGAUUCUGGAAACAUGGUUGUUGCAGACAACAUGAGCACGAUAUGGCAGAGUUUCGAUUAUCCAACUGACACCAUGUUACCAGGAACGAAAUUUGUGGAUGAUGUUGAUGCUGGUGUUGAGAGGUAUUUGACAUCAUGGAGAAAUCCGGACGAUCCAUCUCCUGGUGAUUUUGUUCACAAGAUCCAAAACCGAGGCUUGGCUGACAUGGUGACUCUAAGAGGGGCAACCAAAAGAUACAGAAUUGGACAGUGGAAUGGGCAAUAUUAUGGCGGUGGUCAACCCUUUCCGAGUGCCGUUUGCAAACCAGAGAUGGUUUUCAGACAGGAGAGGUUGGUAUCCGUAGGAGAGCCCUACGAAAGCUCAUUUCUCGUAAGAGCCACUUUAGAUACAUCCGGUGUGAUCCUACGCCAUACCAUGAAUGUCAGAAAAGACAAGUGGAAUCUUGUCACCCUGUUUCCUCUAGACACAUGUGAUGAAUAUGGUAGUUGUGGUCCUAACAGUAUCUGCAGACCUGACAGACCAAUCAGAUGCGAGUGUCUUAGGGGAUUUGCCCCAAACUUCCAAAAGGAAUGGAACCUUCAAGAUUGGUCGGGUGGAUGCACUAGAACUAAACCAUUGAAUUGUGAGGGUGGAGAUGGUUUUCAAGAGAUUAGAGGCGUCAAGUAUCCUGAUUUGUUGAGAUUUUGGUUAAAUACAACCAUGACCCUUGGUGAGUGCAAAGCCGAGUGCUUUAAAAACUGUGGUUGUGCGGCUUAUGCUAAUUCGUUUAUCACCAACGGGGGUAGUGGCUGCUUGAUGUGGUUCGGUGAUCUAAUUGAUACCAAACAACUUUCUUCAGCAGAUAGUAAGCAAAACAUCUACAUCCGUGUGCCCUUUUCUGAACUUGAUUUCAACUCGGGUUUAGAGGAGGAGAAGGAGAAGAAAAGGCCUACGAAGUUGAUACUGAUAUCAAUGGCUUCUGGUGUUCUCGUUUCAGCCAUUAUCAAUGGAGGUGUACUUUUCAUGGCAAGACGAAAGAGUCAAGCAAUAAGAAGGAAAAACGAGGAUCUAGAAUUACCUGCGAUCGAAAUGGCAACUAUUAUGCAAGCAACUAAUAAUUUCUCCAAGGAAAACAUCAUUGGAGUUGGAGGUUUUGGUCCUGUUUAUAAGGGGAACAUGCCAUCAGGUGAAGAAAUAGCUGUCAAAAGAUUGUCGAGAUCUUCACAACAGGGUCUGGAAGAGUUCAGAAAUGAAGUUAUGGUGAUUGCAAAACUUCAACAUAGAAACCUCGUCAGACUAUUGGGAUGCUGCAUUGAUGAGGACGAAAGGAUGCUCAUCUAUGAAUACCUGCAGAAUAAAAGCCUCGACUAUUUUGUUUUUGAUCACAGCCGAAGAAUACUGUUGACAUGGCCUAAGCGUUAUGAUAUUAUCAUGGGAAUUGCAAGGGGAUUGCUAUAUCUCCAUCACGAUUCCAGAUUAAAGAUUAUUCAUAGGGAUCUCAAAACAAGCAAUAUUUUACUAGAUGGAAAUUUAGCUCCAAAGAUAUCAGAUUUUGGCUUAGCAAGAAUAUUUGAAGAGGAUCAAUCUCUUGCUAGAACAAAAAGAGUCGUUGGGACAUAUGGAUACAUGGCUCCGGAAUAUGCAAUUGAUGGGAAAUUCUCGGUGAAAUCUGACGUCUUUAGUCUUGGAGUGGUUGUGCUGGAGAUUAUUAGCGGAAAAAAGAACAGAGGAUAUGGAGACCCCGAUCACUAUCUUAACCUAUUGGGCCAUGCGUGGUUGCUAUGGAAAGAAAACAAGAUUCUGGAGUUGAUGGAUGAAAGUUUGCAUGAUACAUAUACGGAGUCUCAAGUGAAGAGAUGCAUGCAAGUUGGGUUAUUAUGCGUUCAGAAAUUUGCGGAAGACAGGCCAAACAUGUCGUCAGUGUUUUCAAUGUUUGGAAGUGAUGGAGCUGUUUUGCCGGAACCAAAAGAGCCUGGAUUUUUCAUGGAAAGAAGUUCAUCACCAUCAUGUAUUGAGUCAGAGAAUGAAACAAUCACCAUUACUGAUUUGGAGGCCAGAUGAAGACGCCCAACAACAUUCUGCAAUUAGUGUGCAAAGAAGAUUAUGUAAAACAGUUUCAAGUAUCGAGAUUGCUAUUUUCGAACGGAUUGUAUAAAGAAAAUUUUAAAUUUGCAAGUUUCAAGUUCAUUGUUGGGGUAAAGAUCUAUAAGUCAUCUGAUUCAAUUCAAGUGAAUCCUUUCAAGCUCUCUCGAAAAUACAUCUGCAACACAGCAUUCGAAAGCAGAAACUUUUCAUCACGAUUGUCUCAAUCAAACAAAUCAAAAUCCUAACAAUUGUAUAUUUAUAUGCUAAUCUAAUCUCUCACGAGUUUAUCGAGCCUCUACGAGCGAAAUUGUCAAUGCAUUUGUUGAACUUGCCGUGGUGGAGCUAAUUGAAGUUUCACUCUUUAGUAUCUCUCUUCCUGUAAAGAAACCAGGAUGUUUGGCUUCAGGCAGAACGCCUCCGUUGCUCAGCAUCAAUACCACUGAAGACAUGCUCGGCCUGUCUUCAGGGUGUUGUUGAACACAUAAAAGACCUACAUGGAUUGAUCUCAUUACUUGUGAUACGUCGCAUGAAUUUCUCAUACAAGAUUCAACCAUCUCGAUCGCCCUGUCCUCUUCGUGAAGCAUCCAUGCCUGU